AUGGCGUUCGAUGAUCAUCUCAGGGGUCGCAGCUCGUCCAGAGAUGACCAGACCAGCUACGACCCGCACGAAUACCAACGUGGUCGACAGCGAAUUGACCUGAAACUCAAAGGCACGUUUGAGCGCAUCUUUGAAAAGUACGCAAAGGACUUUACUGGAGUCGGCGAUGAAAUCGAUUUGGAAACUGGCGAAGUCGUCGUCAACAACGGCCACCUGACGUACAUGCAGCAUGAGCGCGACACGGGCAAAAGCGCUUCCUCGCAAUUUGUACGCGCAUUCGCUGAAGAGCUCGAAGUAGAAGACGGACAUGUAGGCAACGAAGACAGCGAAGUAAACGAAUACGACGAGCCACCACCGCACAUGGUAGACGCCCUACCCCAGCAGGACAUUGAGGACAACGAGCUACAACAAGAUUCUGACGACGAUGAGCUCCAAUACGAGCCAGCCGGACUGGGCAAUGAAGAGGAGGAUGAGCAUUUGGAAGAAGACAUCAGUGACGAAGAUGACGCCAACUACGAGGAUGCGGCAGUUGAGGCCGGCGACGAGCAAUCCGGCGACGAGUCGGUCGACCUGGGCCAUGACCCAGACGCCUUCCCUCUCGAUCCUCGCCUUGCUCAGUCUGAUGCGAGCAUUAGCCAAGAGCAGCAAUACCACGAUUCAUCCGUCGUUCAAUCUACCGAACUCAGUCACUCUCUCCCUCAAAUCUCCAUCUCUGAUUCAUUGAAGCAGCUCGUCCCUCAUCAAGAUGCUGAAGGAAGGAUCGACCCGGAGGCCGUCCAACGGUUGGGUCAGAGCAUUGCAAAUCAGAUUGCCCAAUUCCUCACUCGAGCUACGGCCGUCAACAGACAGCCUCAGCCUCUAUGGUCUGCUCCACCACUGCCCCAGGACGCCUUUGACUCAUCAUCCUUCUACGACCAUCCCCGUGACGCCAUCACCCCGGCACCUCGCCGCGCUCCAUCUGUCUGGGACUCUCCUUCUGGCGGUCAGUCACUAUGGGGUCCAGCUGCCUCGAGGCCAAAGAAGCGUCGUAGGCUUCUGAAGCACACUGAAACGUCCUUCGACCUUGACGAUGCUGGCUUCUCAGAUUACAAACGUGGUUAUUCUAGAGAAGAGGAUGAUCUGAUCAAGCGCUUGAAGGAGAUCAACGGUCUGACAUGGCAGCAAAUCACCGCACACGUGCCUGGCAGAACGGUGGGUGGUCUGUCUGGCCGUUAUACUCGUGUCUUGAGAGACCUGCCUAAGCCUGUCAUCAUCAAGCGCGAGAUCAUCGAGAUCAUGGAGGGCGAAGACGAGCUAUCGUCACCUGGUCCUUCGCAGACCGUCGUCUCCAACUCGCCCGGCAUGUCACCAUUCCAUACCCCGCUGUUGCGACGUGCUAUGGACAAGCAGAUUGCUCGCCAUGGAGAUAGUGGUGAAAUUCCAAUCACAAUAGGGGACGAGACCGACGAAACAGACUCGCAGAACUAUACGUCAGAAACACCUGAGACAGAUGAUCCUCGGCCGGGUAAGAAGAACAGAAAACCAGAAGGAGGAAAUCACCAUUUCGGAGCCGCAGGACAGUACAGAACUUUCGACACCUCGAAUCCAGCUGCUCACUUCGGCAUCUUGCGCACCGCCAGUCCUAUGCCAUACGCUGCCGAGCAGCACAACAUGGACUUUUAUGGGUCCAAUAGUGGAUUUGGCGUACUGAGGAUGGACAAGCCGACCAAAAGAUCAGAGGAGGAAUCACGAUCGAAAAGGGAAGGUGGAGAGGCUUCUAAAGAGAAAGAACCCUACGGGCCAACUACCUCGAGGUACACUUAUCCAGCACCACAAUUACGCGAUAGACUCGCGAAUACGCCAGGUAGCACAAUCAACCUCUUUGCGCGUGCUGAGCAGUACCUGAGAGCGAAAGGUCUGGUCGCUGCUAGUAUGGCAACUUCUCAGCUCCGUUCGUCAAUGCAAGCUCGCCAACAGUCGAAUAUCGCUACAGCAAGACCGAAAGCCUCUGGUGGUUCGAGCACGAUGAUGCCUCCUCCUGCACCCAGACCUCGUGCAGAACCUGUGUCGGAAGGAAGCUCGCCAUUGCCAACUCACCCGCCUCCACCAUACAGCGCAAAUCCACCUCCGCCACAGACCAACCCUCAAACGCCACUCAUACGUCGCACCGAGCCUAUGGUAAUCGACACGGAAAACGAUGGCGAUGUUAGUGACUCGUCAAUCACGGAAACUCCAGCCACUGCGAAACGCUACGGUGAUACUCCAAACGCGACAACCAUCAACAAUGGCCCCUACUUCUUGUCCAAUAUGCCUCUGCCCCCGAGUUCAUUCGUCCCAGCACCACAAGCACAGAUGCGUAUGCCAUCUUCAUCGCCACUCUCGUCACCACCGCCCAUUUCUCCACCACCUGCAUCGCAAACACCACCAACCGAAGAUCUACGGAACAGCAUGAGAAGUUCCUCUCGUCAAGCUACCAAUAAGUCCUUCCAGUCCUCGGGUCCCGCUGCAGUGGCCAAAAUGCAGCUUUCCACCCCAUCUUCGACCUUGAGAAAGAGUCUCCUCCGAUCCACGCCUAAGACGCCGGUAACGAGAUUUGGCACUCGUCUAGGAGAGACUUUGGGCAGGAAAGAGAUGUCGAUAAGCAAGAUGAUGGCUGAACCUGAUGAUGGGUCCGAGGACGAACUUGCUUGA